AUGUCUGACGAGUCAGCCGCAACUGCGCAAGGGCCUUCCCCAUGCUCAAGUAUUCACGUCUUGGAAAAUGACACCACGACAGGGGGUGCGACCAAUUCAAGUCCUAACUUCAACAAUCCUGAUGAGAACGAUGGCCCAGCCCAUUCCAGUAGGGACUCUGUGAGCGCUGGUGGUGAGCCAGCACCCAAAAUCCGGAAGCGAAGACGCGUUCGAACCGGUAUGUUGAUGUUGAUGUGGAUUUCUCAACUCCCCUCCUGUCCUUCUCUCCCAACCGACUCUUCACCGUCUACCAUCGCUCUCCAGCAGUUGGCUCGUCCCAAACUGAACACUGGCAUACAGGCUGCCUUCAAUGCAAACGGAGGCGUGUUCGGUGAGUUCCGCUAUUACUCCUUUCCAAUCUCUUCCUAUGGCAUUUCUCUAAUGACAAGAGACACAGCUGUGACGAGCAUGGCCGUCCUAAGGCUGGCGAAACGGAGACAGCCGGUCGUUGUGACGCAUGUGACCGUCUGGGACUUGUUUGCACCUGGCCAGCACCACCAACAGAAGGUAAGUUAA